UAAAGCUAACCCCAUCUAAUAAUCAAACUCGGUACAAAUGGAGAAAUUGUAUUGGCUAGAAGAUCUGACAACCUGAUGUAGACAAUUCGGACCCUUUUGGAAAACGGGGUCUUUUUCCUUCAAACCACGCUUGAAUUUCGGAACCCGGUCCGAGUCCGACAAAGCUUUCAUAAUCAAGAUUUUGGGAGAAACCCUAGUUUUAGAUUUUUAGGGUUCUAAAUAAUCUCAAAAGUUUUUUCGCGCUAAAAUAUGGAUCACAAUGGUAGCCGUUACGAUACAUUCUUCUUUUUUUUCUAGGUCAGAGAGGAUCAUCAAACCCGUCAGCUAUGCUGGCUACUUUGCUUAGUAGAAGAGCUAAGCUUCAAGAAGAGCUUCGAAACAUCGAGAGACAAGUGUACGAUAUGGAGACUAGUUAUUUACAGGAUACAGGUCAAUGCGGCAAUGUUUUGAAAGGUUUUGAGGGGUUCCUCUCUUCAUCUAAUAAGAACACUGCCCUCCAUUUAUUGAAGUUGAUUUGCAGCUCAAAGCGGUCCAGGAAGUUCCAGCCUGAAGACAGGCUAUUCUCAUUAUCUUCGGUCGCUUCUCCGGCAGCUGAAGAGAUUGCCACUGCUAGAGAUGGUGAGCCUGUAAUAUGCAGAGGAAAACCGAAGAAGGGAAGAGGUAGAGAAGCAAAGAAAAUGCGACACUUCAGUGAACCAGAUUAUGACUAUGAUGAUGAUCCUGAUGUGACUUUAUGAAAUGAGUUGAAUCUAACAAAGUACUUUUUGGCCUUGCCUUAAUGCUUUCAAGCUUUAAUGUCCAAUCUUAGAUGUUUUUCGUAUCAUAACAACCGGUGAUAGCAGAUGUUAUUUACAUGAUUUUCAAGUAUGCCAGAUGAAAAAAUGAUUUUGGUUUUUCAUGGUGCUCAAAAUCGAAUCAGGGGUUCAUAUGGGCAGAAUGUUGAGUGAUAAUGUGAAUGACACUUUACGGUCUGAAUCUUCUGGGCUAGUUCUGGCAACUAGUCUCAUCUUGUUUUGUUCCACUCAGCAUUUUAACAGAGAUUCUACUUGCUUUGGA